AUGACUAUUGCUGCAUAUGCGUAUGAAGCUGACAGAGCUAGACGUUUAUAUUUUGGUCAAUACUCUCUCACACUUACUGACAAAUAUAUUGUUAUUUCUGAUGGAAAUACUGAGAAAUAUAUAACAUGGAAGGACUAUGAAAAGUUUGACCCUAUUUUAACUCCAUGUACUAUGCCAUUCAUUGUAAAUGGUGAAGUUGUCAUGAAGAACGACACAACAGUAUAUAGGUCUGUUUAUGAAGCAUUAGAAUAUAUGUUGAAUUAUAAUCCCGAAAGAUUUGACCCAAGCACUACGCCAUGUGCAAUGCCCUUUAUUAAGGAUGGUGAAAUUGUAAGGGUUCCGAAUUCAACGGUUUAUACAGCUGUUCAAAACAGUUUACAAAACAUUUUAGCGAAUAUCUUUAAUUCAGAAACUACAGAAAUAAAAUUACCGUAUAUAACAGAUGCCAAAGAAAUUAAAUCAAAAACAACAACAUUAUUUACGUCACUUAAUGAUUUAAUGACUUAUAUCAUUAAUACUCCUUCUCCGACUACGGCAUUUGAUCCAAAUUCGACGGUUUGCAGUGUACCUUUCAUAAAUGACAGUUCAGUAA